AUGAAUAGUUUACAGCGCUCGAAAAUUAUAAAAAUAAUAUUUAUAGUACUAUUGCUGUUCAUGCUAAUUCCUGGAAGCAUAUUGAUAUGUUAUAGCAUUCUUAAAUCUGAUGUAGAGAUUUUUAACGAAGAUAUUCCGUCAAUUGAAAUGCAUCUUACUUCUUGUGGAAUUGAUAACAUAGGAAACACAUGCUUUUUCAAUGCAUGUAUGCAAUGCAUCCUUUCACUUCCUGCAUUUGUCAAUUAUUUUUCUACUGAGACAUUUAAUUCUGAAACUCAGCCCAUUUCUAUAGCCUUCAAAAACUUUAUUGAAGAUUAUAAAAAGUCUGAACAAUCAGUAAAUCCAAAAAAGUUUAUCGAAGUACUUAAAGGAAGAGAGACAAUGGCAAAUCUUUUUAACAGGGAAGCCCAAGAUGCAAGUGAAUAUUUGAUACAGUUCAUUGAAACUAUACAUCUGGAAAUUGUUGAAAGAGAAACUAAAUCCUCCAAUUUAACAUCUGAAGAUAUUAAAAAUCUAGAUAUUAUUGGGAGAUGGUUUGGAAUUAUAUGUGAAUAUAGUAUAAAAUGCCAAGAAUGUGAGAAUACUAUAAUUACUAAUACACUAGAAAGAUUUCUGAAGUUAAACAUAACAGAAGGUGUGCAAAAAUCCAUAGAUAACUUCCAUCAAUCAGUAAUUAUCAACGACAAAGAUUAUGAAUGGGAGUGUAGAACACAAAAUUGUGGAAAUAUUAUACAUUUAGACACUAAUUCAAUCAAAUCAACCCCAAGAUAUCUGAUUAUUUACAAUAGAACACUCAUAAUAGAAUCUAAUGAGGAUUGUAAUGUUAAAAUUUAUAUUGAUCAAAAUAUUAAAAUCAACAAUACUGAAUACAAACUUAUUGGUGUGAUAUUUUAUGAAAGAAGGCAAAGACAUUAUUAUGCAAUAUGUAACAGGAACAAAUGGAUAAUAUUCAAUGAUGCUUCAUAUAACCAAAAUGCAAAAUUUUCUGCAAAAUCUAAUUCAGUAUACAUGUUGUUAUAUUCCCAAAUUUACUAA